AUGAAUAACGAAAUAUYGGAGGAUGAGGAUUUUGUUGAACUUAUAAACUUGAUUGCGAAUGAACGAAUACCAAGAAUAAUCAGGCAGCGUCCAGAUUAUUUUCUAUGUCUUCGUGAUUUUGAGUUUGUUGAAAGGUUUCGGCCAUCAAAACAAGCAGUAUUAUAUGUACAUGAUCUAAUUCAAUCAGAAAUCAAACAUCCAACAGACAGGAACUUCGCCGUUAUAUCAAAACAAAUGGUACUAAUGACUUUGAGGUAUUUUGCGUCAGGUUCGUUUCUUGUUGUGUGUGGUGAUUUUGUGGGUGUGCAUAAAUCAACUGCUUCAAGAACUAUAACACGUGUAUCAAGWGCUAUAGCUAGACUUAGUUCAAAGUUUAUUAGGUUUCCCGAAACAGAAGAAGAAAUCUCAGUAACUAGGCAAGAGUUCUUUUCAAAAYGUAAAUUUCCAAGGUGCAUUGGUGUUAUUGAUUGCACUCAUAUUAAAAUUAGAUCACCCGGAGKGGAGGAUGCAGAAAUUUAUCGAAAUCGAAAACAAUACUUUUCUUUUAACGUCCAGGCAAUAUGUAAUUCGAAUCUUAAAUUUAUGAACAUCGUAGCAAGAUGGCAAGGCAGUGCUCACGGUUCAACAAUUUUUAACAACUUCCCAAUACGAGGAAAAUUUGAGAGGGGAGAAAUGGGUGAUAGUUUACUCAUAGGUGAUAGUGGAUAUCCUAUCAGGCCAUUUUUGUUGACAAAAUUGUCAAUUGCAUCAACACGAGCUGAACAAUUAUAUAAUAAAUCAAUAAUAAGAACGAGAAAUUUUAUUGAAAGAAGUUUUGGAGUCUAUAAGCGUAGAUUCCCAAUUUUAUCAGUUGGAAUAAAUAUCAAUGUGUCAAAAGUUGAAUCAGUCGUUGUGGCAACUGCAGUAUUACACAAUCAGUAA